GGAGCUGGAUCCGGACGUCAAAGUCCUUCCCGCCGGGAACCCAGCUUCCGGAAUCUCCUCUAGUCGCGGGGUCUUAAGGUCGUGGGGUCCGCGGUGGCGAUGAGGCAGAAGCACUACCUUGAGGCCGCGGCGCGGAAACUGCAAGACUGCUGCCCGGGCCAAGCCCGCUAUCUCCUCUGGGCCUACAGCUCGUCGCACGAUGCUAAAGGCACUUUCGAAGGAACAUGUCCAUACUGUUUCCAGUUGCUGGUUCUGGAUAAUUCUCGGGUGCGUCUCAAACCCAAGUCCAAACUGACACCCAGAAUACAGAAACUUCUUAAUCGAGAAGCAAGAAAUUAUACACUCAGUUUUAAAGAAGCCAGAAUUUUGGACAAGUACAAAAACUCCAAAAGUAUAUUGUUGGUUACUUGUAAAACAUGCAACAAAACAGUUAAACAUCAUGGUAAAAGUAGAAGCUUUCUGUCCACGUUGAAGAGCAAUCCUGCCACUCCUGUGAGUAAACCCAACCUGAAGACACCAGAAGGAAAGAAUCUCAGUUCUGCAAACUUAAAUCAUAGACUGUCUGGUUCCAGAGGCAAGAGCCCAGUGUUGAUUUUCAGAACACCUACAUCUGGACAAUCAACACCCAGUUGCUCCUCAAAAAAUGUGACCAAAACAAAGAAACACUUCUCUCAACUAAAAAUGUUGCUUAGUCAGAGUGAAUCCAAAAAGAAUUCAAAGGUGGACUUUAGAAAUUUCUUAUCUUCUUUGUAAGCGAUGGACUAAGAAACGUCUAAUGCAGUUUUUGAAACUAAAGUUAGAAAAACAGCUUUUUAAAAACUUUAAAUUUUUUUCUUUAAAUACAUGAAAACUAGGGUCCAAAAGCAAACUUUUCUUGGCAUUCUUCAGUGUUUAUGGAGAAAAUACCUCAUUAGAAUGAAUAAAGCAUGCCUACCUCACAAGGUGGUUCUGCGAAUCACAAAUAGAUGAAAGGUCCUUGUAAGUAGUAAAGAUUAUGUAUGGACA